CCGUGCAGAAACUGUGGGACCCGACCACACGGUGAAUACGCUGGUGGUCUCCACAGAGGUACCGGGCCGUCUGUAACGUGCCCUUUGGUAUGACUAUUUAAAAGCUCACUUUAAAUUACAAAGAAUUAAACAUCUACAGAGCAGCUCACGUAGCCUCAAAUUCUGCAGAAAUUUGGAAACCAGCACUCUCGGUUGUAAAUUCCUCCUCCAAGAGAAGCCCCUGUUGUACCUAAGGUAGGUGAGGAGGAAAGUGGGGCAGGCCUGGGAGCCGGGGGAGUUGGCAGGAAUUGGAGAAGCGAGCUGAGGAACAGUCCACAACCCCACACAGUGUUGCACCUGCCAACAGCAAGGGACCCAGAGUCCACCUGGUCCAGGCCCCCGCCUUUGGGUGUCUGGAUGGCCCCAUCUUUCAGCUCUGCCCCUCUUUCCUUUGCAGACAAGAUGCAGCGACUGUGUGUGUACGUGCUGAUCUUUGCGCUGGCUCUGGCCACCCCCUCUGAAGCUUCUUGGAGGCCCCGCUCCCAGCUGCAGGAGGCUCCCUCGGAUCCAGGGGCAAAUAGGGGCCUGGAGCCACGCUGGGUGGACCGGCUGGGUGCAGCCUCUCACCAGCGAAGGCAGCUAGGGCUCCAGGGUCCCCCACAGCUGGUGGCAGACCUGUCCAAGAAGCAGGGACCGUGGGUGGAGGAAGAAGAAGCAGCUUACGGAUGGAUGGACUUCGGCCGCCGCAGUGCUGAGGAAGGGGACCAGCGUCCCUAGAACGGAGCUUCAGAGCCCAGCCGUCUCCCAGCCCAGCCCAGCCCCAUGAAAAACCACUCAAAAUAAAUUAGCUUCCAAUGGAUCACAUUGUGUCAAGUGUGGGGCAGGAGAGGGGAGUUAGUGGGGACAGGGCUGAGGCAGUGGGGAGAACUGAGCACUCUCCUGGGGGCAGGGACCAUGACUCAUUCUUCUGGGUGUCCCCAGAGCCUAACACUGACCCCGAAUCUACUAGUGCAGGUGGCAAAUGGUGGUGGGGUCACAAGCAGAGUCGGCUUUCUAAAAGAUAAAUCAAACGGUGCCACUCCAGGUUUUAACCCUCCAAUACUUCCUGUCACACUUAGAAUAAGACCUAAACUCCUUGCCAAAGCCCUAAACUAGCCCUGCUGUCCUCAGGGCAGGUGCCAUGUUCCUUCCUCCUCUCUCCCUUUUCCCUUACACAAAUGCACCUGCGCUUGGUCCUGCUCAGAACAUUUGUCCUCGCCAUUCCCUGUGCCCCGAAGGCUUUUCCCAGGCACAAACAUGGCUGGCUCCCCUUUUUCUCCCUGGGGCCCUGGCUGAAAUGCCUCUUCCUGAGAGACCCACCUGCUCUUCUCCUUCUGCUUCAUACACAGCACCCGGUUCUCUCUAACGGCCCCAGAGUCUCUGACGUUGCUCUCUAGAGCACAUUUCACACCCUGUCAUUGUCUCGUUAGCUACUUUACUGUCCGCCUCCCCGGUUAGAAGGGCAACUCUGUAAGAGUGGGGACCACACGUCCCUCUUCCCUGCUGUAUCCCUGGUUCCAAGAACAGGAGGUAUCCAAUAAAAUAUUCGUCAGAUGGCCGGGUGAGUGGCCAGCACGGGCACUGUUGAUGCUUCACCCAUAUUCCCUCCUAGUUCUCUGCCUGUCAGCAGCAUCCUUCCACAAGCACAUGCCACUGUUCCUCCGAGGGCCUUCCUAGUGCAAGACAGGCUUCAGAUGCUGCAGAGUUAGCACCUCCAGAAGCAGCUAUGAGUCAGUGACAGAUGAGAGCGGGAGAAUCAAUACCCCAGCUCCCUCACCCCUCGGGCGGGGUGACUCGGACAUGUAUUCAGCUCUGUCUCCCAGAAUUCCCCCGCAGGACUGAGCCCCACUUACCCACAGCAGGUACCUGCUCGAGGACAUCCUUUGUUG